GCUGUUCCAUCACAUUUUAGUUGAAUAUUUGUUGUUCUAAUGCGUAUGAGAUUAACUGUUGGUAAUGGAUUUCGAAAAGAAACAAAACUGUAGGUAAUUGUUCCAGCUUGAUCACAGUUCCACACACUAAUUGCAUUACCAGUAUAAUCUUCAUUGUUAGGUGAUGUAAAGAUGAGUCCAUUUUGAUAGAGUGUAAUCGUAGCAGCAGCAAGAACAAUUUUACUGUUCGAGAUGUUCACAUUGAUUAAAUAAACUCCGGCAUAUUUGGCAUGGCAGGGCAUCCUCAAAACAUACCGCUUAACAGUAGAAAACUUGGUAAGUUUCAUUCUUAAUUGACCUUUAUAAGUACUCUUCGCGAUUGUGUGUCCCAUUGUCGAUUUUCUCAAAGCAGUUGGCUUCUUCAAAAAACAUGAUGGUACGUUCUAUAUGGGCAUAUUUUUGAAAAGAAUAUUUACAGCUCAUUCUGCAGCGCAGAAAAUUCUCUAUCUGCCCUUUAUGAGUUUUUGUCAACAACUUGAAAUCGUACGAAACACUUAAGGGCCACCCCUCACAGAAAAAGCUUUUAGGUUACGUACUGCCAAACGUACCGCUAAACAGUAGAAAACUUGAAAUACAUCGUAUGAAAUAUGAAGAUGUAUAUGCUAUUGAACAAGCAAGUUCCGAUAUUAGACUAAAUGAUGGAUUUACUAAACAAUUGAAAGGAUAUGCUGCAGAAACAGCGCAAAGAACUGAAAAUCAACCAUCACCAGCUAGUUAG